GCACAUUUAAGCUCAGCGGUACUCUCAUCUUAGUAAAAUGAAGUUUGAGUGGUCAAUCUCACCAUCGACUGUUCGAGAUUAUUUGAAUGACAGAAUUAGUGAAGCAGGACCGUUUCAAGAUGAUUGGAAUGAAGUUUCUGAUUUUUACAACAAAAAAUUAUGGCAUCAACUAACGCUAAAACUUGAAUCCUUGCUUAAAAAUCCUGAAUUCCGAUCAAAAACAAAUUUAAUUCUGCUCAGUACUAAUUUUCUUGGUGAUUUUAUAUACAAAAUCAACCCACUGUCUUUAGCUGAAUUAUGCGUUCCGAUUAGUGAACAGUAUGUUAUUACAGAUCCACAUCAAGGUAUCAAGUUCCUUGAAGAAGUUCGCGAUGAGUUUUCUGGCAAAUCUAUGGAUGCUAAAAUACUAUUCAAUACAACUAUUGGCAUGAUUUAUUUAACAGCAUUGAAUGAUUUACCGAAUGCUCGUCAAAUAAUUGAAAAUACACAAAGUCAAUUAGAUGAAAUUGAAGGUGUUAAUACAGUUCAUUCAAGAUUUUAUCAACUUAGUUCAAGAUAUUAUCAAAUUACUGGACAACAUGCUAAAUUCUAUCAGGAAGCACUUCGUUUUCUUGGUUGUGUAGAUUUAGACCAGUUGAGUGUUGAAGAACAACGUGGAUGGGCAUUUUCUGUUGGCUUGGCGGCUAUUCUUGGUGAUGGAGUUUAUAGUUUUGGUGAAUUGCUAACUCAUGAUGUACUGAAAAGUUUACAAGGUUCAUCACAAGCAUGGCUUAUUGAUUUAUUGCAAGCAUUCAAUAGAGGUGAUUUAAAUCAAUUGGAUCGACUGCGUAGUUGUUGGUCUGUUCAAGCGGAUCUAGUUGCAGCUGAAUCAAAAUUAAAAGAUAAAGUCACUUUAUUAUGUUUAGUUGAAAUGAUAUUUCGUCGACCAACUAAUCAACGUACUUUAACAUUUGCUGAAAUUUCAUCUACUACUAGAGUUCCAAUUGAUAAAGUUGAACAUUUCUUAAUGAAGGCACUUUCAUUAAAAUUAAUAAAAGGACGUAUUGAUGAAGUGAAUCAAUGCGUUUCUCUUACAUGGUUACAACCUCGUGUUUUAGACAAAGAACAAAUUGGAAGUAUGUGUGCUCGAUUAAAAGAAUGGUCAUUUGCAGUUGAAGGUAUGAAAAGUCUUGUCGAAGUGGAUACAAAAUCUAUUUUAACUUAAGAAAAUAAUUCGUGUUGUUGAUGUUUUCGUUGUCAUUCAAUUUCAUGUACACCAUCUGUUUGUAAUUUUUUUAAUAAAAAUAUUCAGUGAACAA